AUGGAUCUAAACGAAUUUGAGGAGCAACUUCAUAAUUUUAUUAAUUCAGGAGUUGAGAUUGAUAAUGAGUUAAGAGAGGGAGAGGAUGAACAACCUUCUAUGGAGGAUGAGGAAAUGGAAGAAGGCGUGGAAGGAGAGGAUGAUGAAGAACCUCCUGGUGUUGUUGAAGAAGAUGAAGGAGAAGAAGAGGAAGAGGAGGAAGAGGAGGAUACAAUUGAACAAGAUGAUGAAAACGUUUUGAAUUUUGACAAUGCUCCAAUGCUGGAAAAUGUUGAAGAUGAAGAAGAUGACGUCCUCAUCGGAGAUGAUAUGGCUGGAGAUUUUUAUUAUGUCGAACAAGACGAUACUGAUGGUUUACUAGAUCCAACCUCUCUUUUUGAAAUGGGGAGAAACUUUCCAGCACGAUUGGAAAAUUUACUAACCCGUGGAAUCUUUCAAAAUAUGCAACAUAUGAGUGCACAAUUUCCACUUGGUGCGCUGGGAAUGGUGCCUCCUCCUUACAGACCAGCAGGUGCUACAACAGAGUAUGAACCUGUUGGCACACAAGCACCCUCAAGCAGCGCAAUAUCACGCUCUGAAACUCGUUACAGUAGUUCUCGAUUGUUCGGUAUUGAUUUUAAUGGCUCGAGAAACCUGGAUUAUGGAACUGUUGGCUCAUCUGGACUUUCUCGUCCCUCAGUUGCUUCUGUACCUGCAGAGUUGGAACAAAUGCUUACUGAAUUGUUGAAGGACGACUCUGAUUCUGGCUCUAAUGUUUUAAAGCCAAAAAAAGUAUCAGAAAGAAGAUCAUCCUUUGGACUAUUGGCACAAAAUGCACCAACAAGUUCAAGUUCAACAAGAUCCACUUCUCCUACUGAAUCUGAUGGGAGCGAGAGUGAUGCAGAGGCAUCUCCUCGUCCAACCACUCCUUCUCUACCUGUUCGUGACGCAGUUACUACUCCAGGAGCAUCUGUAUCAACACCAACUGCAGUCAAUUUUGAAGAGAGUGUGACCACACCAGUGAUGCCAAGUAAUAUUUCAGGUAUAUCUCCAAUUCCACAAGUUGAUGUUUCACAGCAAUCCACUUUGAAUAUUCCUGUAAUUCCAGAGCUACCAUUAUCUGUGAGUGGAAUCACAGAUAGCAGCAGUGGUACUGCAGCGACCACCAGUAGCUCAGACAUGACAUUAUCUCAACCUACCAGCAACACAACUGUCGAACAACCAUCGGUGGUGACUCUUGAACAAAUGAUCUCAAGCUUGUCUGGUUUAGAGACAUUGUUGCCUCAACAACCAGCUGCCACAAGUAGUAGCAACGAAAGUAACGCAAGUAGUACUACUGCAAUUACUACAUCUUCAAGUGACACCACACUACCUACAGCAACUACAGUUGAGCAAGAACAAGGAACAGCUAGUACCAUUGCUCCUCCUGCCUCUACCACAGCUACUACAACCCAAGAAUUCGCUAUUGAUCCUCAAUUUUUGGCAGCUAUUCCAGAUGACAUUAGACAAGAGGUUCUUGCUACUCACAUUGCAUCCCUUGUAGACAUUUCUUCAACAAGCGAGGAAACAACUAUUAGUCAAGAUUUCUUAAAUGCUUUACCUCUGGAAAUUAGAAAUGAGGUUUUGCAGUUGGAAAGAGAGUUGAGAGAGCAACAACGAAGAAGAUCUGCCUCAAGAUCUCCUUCUCGCAUCUUGCCAACAGUUCCAGAAGCUACUUCUUCUACAGCAGGAACAACUGCUACACCUCCGCCAACAGCUUCAACCUCUGCAGCAUCCAAUCCUCCAACUCAAGAACGUGAACUUAGCACAGCAGAAUUCUUGAUGACACUUCCACCUGAUCUUCGUAACGAAAUCUAUCUCACGACAGAUGAAGAAGUUCUUAGACAACUCCCACCAGAAAUGGCUGAGGAGGCUUAUAACGUAAGACAACUUCAAUAUCAGCGUCAAAGUCGUCAAAGAGAUAUCAGAAGACAACAACAGCAAGAAACAACAAGAACAAAUUUCUUAGCAAAAGCAAUCAAGAAGCAAAUAUCUCAAGUUGACAAGAAAGAAGAAGAAGAAUUAGAACCUAUCGUAAAGGAGGAAGACAUUUCUCUUCUUUUAAGACUGCUCUACGUUCCAAACGUCAAGAAGACUAUAUUUACCAGCGUCAUUCAACAACUGUGCACCUUGAAACAAUCGAGCAACAUCAUUGUGAAACAAUUGCUUUCCAUGUUACUUUAUCAUGACACCCCUAUGGAACAGGUACCAGAAAAAAUUAAGCCACUCUGCUUGCAAAAAAUGUUUGCAAACCCUAAACAAGAUGGAUUUUUCCAAAAAGAAGAAACUGGAACGGUACCACUACCUGUUGUUUCAAGUGUGCUAACCUUGUUAUUGUAUUUGACAAAGAAUAGUGAGGUUCUUGGGUGCAUCACAGAAACAGAUGCUGAAUAUGAAUACAGCAACGAUAGAGAAACUUUUGUAAGGAUGUUUUCAUUCUUGACAUCAAAGACAAUUUCCAAGUCUGUCUCUACCUAUGAACUGUAUAUUCAAUUACUUGAGAGUUGUGCAGAAUAUACUUACAAGAUGGUACAAACCAUGAAGGAUGAGUUGACAAAAUUGAGUAAUGAAGUGAAGAAGGCAGAAGAAAGCUCUAAAAAGGAAGAAAAAUCAGAAAGCUCAACAACAGAAACAAUCUCAUCCUCCUCAGAACAAAUGGAGACCAAAUCAGAUCAAGAAUCCGCUAAAAAGGAAGAAAAGUCUGCCCAAACAGAGGCUAAAGAGACCUUCGUGAAACUUUCUUCUAGAAUGGAUUCCCUUCUUCAAUACUUGAAGAGAAUUUACAAUAGUAACGUUGUAAGAGAUUUGAUUACUGUAUUGUCAAACGUAGACUUCCCUGAAAAGAUUGUAAAAACAGCAACUUCCAUCAUGAAUUACAUGUCGUUCACAUCUGACAUGAAAAAGAUCAUUCUAAAGGAAUUGGCUCAAAGUGCCAAGCAAGAGGCAAAAGUUGUCAGGGAUACCCUUGGCGAUUUACUCUCUUCUAGAGAGGAGAAAUCUCAUUUCCAAGCUCCUUUUGAUGCCAACGCUAUUGAAAAGCUCAAGUUUUGUAGAAUUCUUAGAUCGUAUAGCAUUGUGUUGAAGAAGUACAAGAAGCAUGAAGAGAAAUCUACUUCCAGUGAGAAAUUAGCCAUCUCUGAAGAUCCAGACUUGCUUAGCGAGCACUCGCUUGAUUUUGUAUGGGAAUCUCUCGACAACUACCAGGAAAAAGAAAAAGUCCUCUGCAUUUAUUCUGCUUUAUUCCCAUUUGUUGAGGCCUUUUUCUCUUUCCAUGCAGGAUUUAUUGAAGAAAAAGAGAGUAACGAGAAGUUGUUGUCCGAAAUGGUCGAAGGAUCUACUCCAACAUCGGCCAAAGGUUUUGGUGAAAAGUCAAAAGUUGAAAGCUUUUUAGAGAAACAUAGAGACUUUUUGAAUACAUUGGCAAGAUCAAAUCCCUCUCUUUUGAACACUACUCUUUCAACUUUCAUGAAAUAUCCAAAAUAUGUUGACUUUGACAACAAAACCUUUUGGUUUAGAUCCAAGUUAAAGGAAUUGCAAAAGAAGGUGGGAGCUUACACUGCCAAAUUAACCAUCAGACGACCUCAUCUCAUGCUUGAUUCAUUUGUGCAAAUAAGACAACGAUUGCCAGAUGAAUGCAAAGGAAAGCUUCAAAUCAAGUUCCAAGGAGAAGAGGGUCUUGACGUGGGAGGUUUGACAAGAGAAUGGUUCUUACUUCUUUCAAAAGAAAUUCUCAACCCUAAUUAUGCCUUGUUUAUUCCUUGUGCAGAUCAAACGACUUAUCAGCCAAAUCCCUCUUCCUAUAUUAACAGCGAACACUUGUCUUAUUUCCAAUUCAUUGGUAGAAUAAUUGCUAUGGCUAUUUUGAAUGAGCAAUACUUGGAUUGCCACUUUACCCGAUCAUUCUACAAGCACAUUAUUGGAGCACCAAUUACUUAUCAUGACAUUGAAAGCAUUGACCCAGAUUAUUACAAAAAUCUGAAUUGGAUGCUUAAGAAUGAUAUUGAAGAUGUUUUAUAUUAUACUUUCACACAAGAGGUAGACGAAUUUGGUCAACGUAAACAAAUUGAGCUCAAACCAAACGGUAAAAACAUCUCCGUUACAAACGAAAAUAAGUUGGAAUAUGUCAGACUCGUCACCGAAUUGAAAAUGACAAAAUCUAUCGAGCAGCAAUUGAACUCAUUCCUUAAAGCUUUCUACGAGAUUAUUCCACGUAAUCUCAUUCAAAUUUUCAAUGAACAAGAGCUAGAACUAUUGAUUUCUGGUCUCCCAGAUAUUGACAUUCAAGAUUUGAAGAAUAACACCGAGUAUGUUGGAUAUACCAAGGAAUCUCCUCAAAUCAAAUGGUUCUGGAAUAUUGUCGAAAACAACUUUGAUUCCAACGAGAAGGCCUUGUUGAUUCAAUUUGUGACUGGUACAAGUAAGGUUCCUCUUGGAGGCUUCUCACAAUUGAUGGGAUCUGGUGGACUUCAACCUUUCAGCAUUCACAAAGCAAACGCAACGAGUGAACGUUUACCAACCUCACACACUUGCUUCAAUCAACUCGAUUUGCCAGAAUAUGACUCUGAAGAGCUCUUACAUGAAAGGUUGUUAUUGGCAAUUCGUGAGGGAUCUGAAGGUUUUGGAUUUGUUUAA